AUGGCUCCGAAGCCUUUGCCUGUUUUGUCCGUGCUAAAGUUAAGGUGGUGGUGCUCUUUACGUUGAAGGGUGCUGCCGUUUGUUGUUGCUCUCUCACGUGCAGUUUUCGAAUCUAUUGGAUCGAAGUGAGAGUGAGCAGAGAGGCGAGAGUGGUUUUGCGAAUCGCUGGUUUCUCACGGUCGGUCGGUGGUGAUCUAUCUAGCUGAAAGUGUACAAGACGCGAACGCGAACUAGUCGUUGUGUGUUGAUUACAAUUGCCGAUUGUCACACUUGAGUGAAUCCGUAGGGAUAACCGACCGUGCUAGUUUUCCGUUGUUUUUGGACGGGUUGUGUCUUCUUCACGCCGUUGCACAAUACAAAUUUCGAUGUCGGUGAUGGUUUGAAGGUUGAAGAAGCGAGUGAAUAUGAAUUGUUUUUGGAAACCUGUUUAGGUGACGUUGAGUUGAUAAUUAAUCGUUAUUGUUCAGUGGAGAAUUACGCUUCAAUCUGUGUAGCAGUUUUCCAGUGCAAGGAAAGUAAAAUUGCGUGUUCCAGCGUUUUGUGUCUUCUAGUGUAAAGAGAUGCAUGCAGAUGGAUCGAGAAGAGAGCAAUCCAUAAGAGAGUGUACAUUGUGGAAGAAACAAUAACGUGCUGAUCAGAGACGGGAGAGCAGAGAGAAGAUUCACAUGGAAAACUAGUGAGUGAAAAUAUUUUUCUCGUUGGUCGAUGACAGGAGUACCUAGUAGGCAGCGCAAAAAAAAAAAAAAAAAACGAGUCUCGUGUGUUAUGCUAUGUGUGGCCCAGCCUGCUUUGCCUUUGCGAGCAAGAAAUAUCGGUCUGUUCGAAGCGGUACGCGUUUGUUGAGUUUUUGUGUGAUGUUUUUGUUUGCUGGAGUGGUGUUUAUUUGAUUUAUUGUCCUUGCGGGCAAAUCUAUCCGUUACGAGUGAAAAUUCCAGUGCUUUCCAAGUGAAUUAUCGGUGAAUAUCUGUAAGAAGUCCAAGUGUCACUUUCGGUGGUGUGUCGCCUUCUUUUUUCCUGGUGUGUCCGAGAGGUGCUCUUGAAGUCCCGUGGUAGGGAAAAGAAUUAUUGAUCCGGCGCUGCCAGAAGAGGAGAGCCGAGGAGAAGAUUGUCGUGUGAUUCGUGAAAAAGAGUGUGAAGUUCGUGUAUUCUCGUUGAACACCAACCUGGGCCAGAGCCUGUCCCAGUACUACUAGCAGCGAGCGGUGUGUGUUUUUAGGAUUAUCGAUCUCGGCGUGUCCCGGAACGGAGCCAUAUGGAUUAGAGGAGCACACCUUCAUUCACGUGGACUUGUGUGAAAUAAAUGUCGCGUUCCACAACACGCCGCUGAAACUGUGUUGGGAGAUCAGCAGCCAGCAGUAAGCAAUGACCGAUGAAAGUCCUCCGCGUCGUUUGUCCCAAAUCUUCGACCCACUGACGAGCCUGAGUGAUCUCGAACAGAUCCAGCAGCAAAUCCAACAACACCAGCAGCACCUCCAGCAGCAGAACCACCUCAAAUAUGGUCCCGGAGGACCGUCCAAUUCAUCGUCCUCCUCGACAUUGCUUCAGCUUCAACACCAGUUCCACCAAUCCGGAAGUAGUGGAGGUGGCUACAAUUACAACACGGCCUCGUCGUCGACAUCACUAUCAUCGGCCUCGAAUCAAAGUGCAAAGCUCAGCUCGAGUAGUUCUACCAGCAGCUACAUCGGUGGGCCUCCACCGGGCCUUAAUCGGAUUGUAAUGGGAUCUCGUUCGACUCCCAACAGCCCGCGGAUGAUGUCCCGACGGGGUGUUGCUGGAGGUGCUUCCACCAAUAGUACCAACAGCAGUAGACCGCCGAUGGUUCCUCCGCGAGGGCCACCGAAUGCGGCAGUCAUCGCUAAUCCCUCGCUGGUGGCACUCGAUUCCGAUGCACCGUGGCCGCCGUUCGGCAGUCUCACCGACAGUCUGGACGUACAUCAGGUUAACAACUACCACCAGGGACUUCCGGAGAUUAAUUGGCAGGAACGGUGUCUGGAGCUGCAGCUCGAGUUGCAUCGGUCGCGGAACCAGGCCGGCCGCGUUCGCGAUAUGCUGCGUGAAAAGCUCUCGGAGCUCGAGCAAAGGGUCAUCGAAGCCGAGGAACGAGCCGAGGAAGCUGAGGACAAGGUCCGGGCCAUGGAGCAACGACUGUGUGACUGGCCCAAGCCACAGAGCAUAACUGGGCCAGCCGGAAGCAGCGGCAGUAGUGGUGGUGGUGCACAAGGAAGCACCAACGCCAAAGCUCCAGUCGAGAAGGUGAAAAUCACGCAGCUCGAGUCGGCCGUCGAAGAACAGAAACAGCUGCGACUCCAGGACGCCCGUCAGGUCGGUGCCAAGGCAGCGAAAAUCAAAGAGUGGGUCACCAACAAAUUGCGGGAACUCGAGGAGCAGAACCAACUGCUGCGUGAGCAGAAUAUCAAGUGCAAUCAACAGUUAGAGUUGUUAAGGAACCACAUCGCAACCCAAAGCAGUAGACAUAGUAUACAGCAACCAGUUAGAUCUAGUUUAAGCUUAGACGUACAAGACUACAAACGACGCAGCGGUCGACGGCGAAGCGAAUCGCUGGAUCCGCCGGAGCAUCGCUCCCUGUUGGCGUCCACCACCGUACAUCAUCACCGAAGGAACCUCUCGAUGGAACCUCAGGAAUUAGCUAGAGACUUAGCGGCCGCCGUCGACGGCCUUACCCUAAUACCCCUCGUUCCGGGCCACCAGACGAGUCCCAAUUCGGAUGUGGACGCCGCGCAUGACUACGCGGAGAUCUAUACGCCUUCGCGCGAGAAGGCACCCACCUGGCUGAAGGGACUUCCAAGUGGGGGCUCCAGUACGACCACCUCGGACUCGGUGGCCGAACUGGGAACCCCGCGGCCCCCAACGCCUCCGCUGCACCGGUUUCCCAGCUGGGAAGCCAAAAUCUAUCAGGUGGCCAACGAUGGCCUAGCAGGAGAUGAGAAUGAAUCUCAGGACCAGGAGUCUGGGUCCGGUAUGACGUCCAGCAUCGGGAUGAACUCCCGUUCGCAAACCGUGUCCGGUGGAUACUGUGAUAUUAGUGUACCGGUUUACGCCACCGUUAAAGGGCGUGCUUCCCAGAUCCGAUCGAUGCCAUUUACCGGCGAUUCCAGCGACGACAGCAGCGACGGUGAGGAUCAUGGUGCCAUCAUGACAUGUGCCACGUCCACCCACAAUUCGCACAACUCGACCAGCACGGACAACACCGAGACGAGCACCUCGGGCAGUGCGUCUAGUCCUUCGAAAAGUCUCAAAACCUCCUCUAGUCUGAGUCCCGCCAAACGCAGCGGGUCCGAAAGUCCAAAGAACAAAGCACGAGUAAUUUCAGAAAUGUCCUUUGAAUCAGGGCUGUCCGAUGAUUACGCGAUACCACCGGACGCAGUGUCGGCCGUGGAUACGACCUGUAUGGACGCGUCGAUGCCCUCGCUGCUGAUGCGGACGUCCUACGCCGAUUCGCCGAAGAAGAUGGAAACGCUGGAAAAGGUUGGUCACCUGGCGAAGCUGGGCGGCAAGUUGAAGACGUGGCGCAAACGAUGGUUUGUGCUGAAGAACGGCCAGCUGACGUACUGGAAAAGUCAGCACGAUGUGAACCGGAAACCUCAGGGAACGAUCGCGCUGGACGAGGCAUGCCGGAUAAACCGAGCGGAGGGCGCUUCCACGUUCGAGAUCGAUACGGGCAAGAAGGUGUACUACUUGACGGCCGAUUCCAACGCGACGAUGGAUGACUGGAUCCGGGUGCUGCAGAAUGUCCAGAGGCGGAACGCGACGAAGCUCCUGCUCAGCAGGGACGACCAGAAGCCGACGGUGCAGGGAUGGGUUACCAAGGUGAAGAACGGUCACGCGAAGAAGUGCUGGUGUGUGCUGCUGGGGAAGAUGUUCCUGUACUUUAAGGCCCCAGGCGAAACGAAUCCACUUGGUCAGAUAAACAUGAGAGAUGCUCGCGUCGAGGAAGUCGAGCACGUGUCGGACUCGGAUUCGGAGGAACGUGAAGACACAGCUCACACUCAAGCACGGCUGACCGUUGCCAUCUAUCCACAGCAGCAGGGAGUGGGCCCUACCUAUCUGAUCCUACCGGGAAAGCAAGAGCGGGACAAUUGGUUGUAUCACCUGACGGUGGUCUCCGGUGGUGGACCGAAUGCCGGUACUCAGUACGAACAGCUCAUCCAGAAGCUGAUGGAAACUGACGGCGAUCCAAAUUGCGUUCUCUGGCGGCAUCCGAUAUUGCUCCACACGAAGGACAACAUAACCUCACCCUUGACUUCACUACAUUCCGAAACGUUACAGGCGGAAGCCAUCAAGCUCUUCAAGAGCUGCCAACUGUUCAUGUCGGUGGCGGUCAAUCAGCCGGGCAUUGAUUACCACGUGGUCCUGGCGCAAAAUGCCCUCCAACUGUGUCUGGACAUGGUGGAACUGCAGUCGGAGUUGAUCUGUACCCUGAUUAAGCAAACAUCCCGCCAUACCGGCCAGAAACUGGGUGUAGGUGUCCAGGUAAACAAGAAACUGGGCAUACCGGCUCGUCAAUUGCUGUUGUGCGCCACCCAGAGUUUGUUUACUUGCGAUACGCUACAGGGCAAUAGUGCUCAAGCGAAUGGGAGCUCACCAACUUCCAUUCAGGCACCGCCGGUUCCUCCGAUCGACUGCAAAUCGAACCCGCCGGUCUACACGUUCAUCCAGGGAUGGCAGCUCCUGUCGCUAGCCGUGUCGCUUUUUGUGCCAAAGAACAAUCGCCUACUGUGGUACCUCAAGUUGCACCUGUCACGCAACGCCGACUCGAAAACCGAAUGCGGCAAGUAUGCAGCCUACUGCGAGCGGGCUCUGGAGCGGACCAUGCAAAAUGGCGGCCGCGAAACGAAACCCUCCCGGAUGGAGGUCCUGUCGAUCUUGCUGAAGAACCCGUACCACCACUCGUUGCCGCAUGCCAUUCCGGUGCACAUGAUGAACGGGACGUACCAGGUGGUUUCGUUCGAUGGGUCGUCGACGAUCGAGGAGUUUCACACGACGCUGGCGCAGGAGAUUGGCUGCCGCGAUGGGACCAAUGGGUUCACGCUGUUCAGUGACGAUCCGAUCGAGAAGGAUCUGGAGCACUAUCUGGAUCCACAGGCCAAGCUCUGCGACGUCAUUUCCAAGUGGGAAACGGCACUCCGCGAGAAAGGUUCCGGAAAGUUCGAGAACUCACGUGUCAUCCAACUGACGUACAAGAACCGGCUCUACUGGAAGCACGCUGCCAAACUGGAAACCGAGAAGGAGCGACUCCUUCUCAGCUACCAAAUCAACCAGCAAGUUGUCCAAGGAAGGUUCCCGCUUUCGCGGGAUCUCGCACUGGAGUUGGCCUCCCUGAUGGCGCAAAUUGACAUGGGUGACUAUGCAGCGGACAAAUCGAAAACCAGUUCCCUGCAGGCACUGGACAAAUUCUACCCCUAUCGCUACAGGGAUGCCCUAACGGCGGACGGUCUGAAGGAGCUACAGGACGUCGUCGCGACCAAGUGGUCCCUGCUGAAGGGUCGCUCCGUUGUGGACUGCGUUCGGAUAUACCUAACCUGUGCCCGCAAGUGGCCUUUCUUCGGUGCUGCUCUCUUCCAAGCCAAACCCCGACAUUCCGACCAGGCGAUGGCCUGGCUAGCGGUAUCCGAAGACGCCCUCAGCGUGCUGGAACUGUCGUCGAUGGGGUCGAUCGCCCGCUAUCCGUACAGUUCGGUGAUGACCUUCGGUGGUUGUCAAGAUGAUUUCAUGUUGGUGGUCAGUGCGGACGAUACCCUCGCCGGAAGUCCGGAGCAAAAGCUCCUGUUCGCCAUGAGCAAACCAAAGAUUCUGGAAAUUACACUCCUCAUUGCGGACUACAUGAACGCCCUGGGGCACACGCUACCCGGAACGCCGCAGAUGAACACCCUGACGAGGAACGGAAGCCAUCGUAGCAUUAGAUCCCGUAUCCAUCCAAGUUCGUGUACCGGAACGCCGGCGCACAAUACGCUCAACUCGUCGCAUGCCAACACCACCCACGCCCACAAUACCCUCACUUCCCACUCGCAUACGCUCAAUUCGCACGUCAGCCACACACUCAGCUCGCAUGGCCAGCCGGAUAUCCUCAAGAGCACUCCGGACCAUCAGCGGCGCUAGAGGGGAGAAGUCAGAGAGCGCAGCAAAACGCACAACACCAUACUCAAUGCCGUCACACACUGCAAUCACAUACACACAUACACACUCAGACAUACGCAGUUAUGCACACAAUCGGAAGAGAGCAGCAGUUUUCGUUCAGUGUUUUUUUUUUAAUGCUACGAUUGAGAUUUCAAACUUUGUUGUCAUCGGUGGGUGGCUGCCAUGGCGACGGAUAAACGAUAUUAGUUUUGUAUUGAUUGUGAAUCACCUUUUGUUUUUAGCAUUUAACCUAUUUUUUACCAAACAAAGGCACUCAGAUGUGAGUGUUUAGGCGAGUAGGUUAAUAAAUUUUCGAUAUAUUUUGUGAACAAUUUUAAGUUUUUGUUUGAACCGUUCUUUUUUUCGUUUACUAAUUUUCAUGUAAAUAAUUCUCUUAGCGACUAAGCAAAUACUAAGUCAAGUCCCGUACUCCAGUGUAAAGUAAAAACAUGGAAAAAGUUCAAACUUCUAUCAGAGUGCUCGAAUUUUUUAUAAUGAUUUCAUUAUAAGUACUUUAAACAUUCUUAGUUUGUAGUCUCAAAACUAAAAAAAAAAACUUCUAACCAAAAAACUAUAAACUAACACAAAACUGAGAGGCAUGCUUAUAACUUCCGCACGAACGGGAACGAGUGGGUCGAGGUAAUUGAGGGCGAAUCCAAUUCAGCGGAAAAUUGUUACAGAUAACAAAGUAAAAAAAAUAGGAAAACAUUGUGAUUUUUUACGCAAACUAUAUUUAAAAGUGAAAAAAAAGAACAGUUAUACUACGGAAGAGUCGCGCUUUCGGACGAAGUAAAAUUUAAAUGUGAAAGUUAACUUGACUAUAACCGGAAUUCUAUACACACACACACAGGCACAGAAACUGUAAGUAACGAUGUAGAAGCUGCUAUACGACGGCUGCUAAAGUAGGAAAACAACAGACACGAGUACGUAGGAACUUAGGGCCAUUGUAUUAUUGGUCGGCAGAAACUCAGCUCUAACCAGAAACGCAACAGUCAUGUAAUCGUUUGUUCUUUUUUACCACACACUAUCUACCCCAAAAAUUGAAUAAUCUCGAAAAAUAGGAAUCGCAAACAAACCGAGAAGAGAAAAACUUGUAUUCCGGCGUUCUGUAUAAAAUCGCCUCUUUCUAGUAGUGUGUUGAAACCAAAAAAAAAAACGAACAAGAAGGGAAAAAUAGGGGGAAAUUCGCAGGAGAAGUUAUCGAGGGAUGGCUAAAUUGUAACUACUGUGUAAGUGUGCCGUCGUCGUAUUGGAUAGGGAACCGUAAAAUCAAAGAAGAUGUAAGCGAUGGAGAAUAAAGAUGAACAUCGAUGAUUGUUUACUAA